AAUUUCCCUCUUUUCACUCGAUGAAAGAGGAACUAAAAGAUCCAGAAGCUUCUAGACCAUAGAGGCUCUAGGGCGCAUAGCCCGUUCCCGGAAAUCUCGAAGCGAAGGCCAUCUCAACAAGCAAGUGAGCCGACCCCCGCUUCCGUGCUCCGGCCAUGUCCCUCUCGUCGGCGCGCCAGCGGCGGCACACGGCGGCGUCGCCGCUAGCCGACGACGGGUACUCCAAGGAGGCCAAGGACAGGAGGCGGCGCCCCGACGGCGAGGAGGCGGAGGAGGGUAUCCGGUGGUUCCUCCCGUUCCUGGCCCUCGGCCUCCUCCGCCACAUGAGCGCCAACUCCAACCUGAUCCACGACUGCGACGAGGUGUUCAACUACUGGGAGCCCCUCCACUUCCUCCUCUACCGCUCCGGAUUCCAGACCUGGGAGUACAGUUCUGAUCAUGCUCUUAGGUCAUACUUGUACCUUUUCAUCCAUGGUAUUGUAGCUGGUCCUGCUUCAUCGAUCUUUGGUGGCGAACAUAAGGUUCGUGUGUUCUACUCCGUGAGAUUCUUUCUUGGACUUCUAUCGACUAUAACAGAAACUGUUCUGGUGGUUGUUCUUUCGAGAAGAUAUGGAAAGAGACUUGCUUGUUAUGUCCUUGCAAUGCUAUGCUUAACCAGUGGCUGCUUCUUUGCCAGUACCAGUUUCUUGCCAAGUUCAUUUUCCAUGUAUGCUGUAACACUUUCUUCAGCACUAUUCCUUCUAGAGAAGUAUUCUAGUGCAGUCUCUGUUGCAGCUGCUGGUGUAAUUCUUGGCUGGCCUUUCUCGAUUUUGGUGUUUCUCCCUAUCACUGUUUACUCAUUAAUGAGGGGACCUUUUAAAAGAGUGUUUUUGUCCGGAUUUCUGACUUCACUGUCCCUUCUUGUCCUUUCAUUCGUUGCUGAUUACUACUGCUACGGUAGAUGGACAUCAUCCGUGUUCAAUCUUCUAAAAUAUAAUGUGCUUGGUGGUGGUGAAAGUCAUUUGUAUGGAACAGAAGGGGCUACAUUCUACUUGAGAAAUGGAUUCAAUAACUUCAAUUUUGCAUUUGUUUUGGCUUUGCUAUUCGUGGGGGUUGCACUAUCUGCAAGGAAGAAAUUUGCUCCAGAUCUGUUGAUAGUUGUUUCUCCUAUCUAUAUUUGGUUGGCUUUCAUGUCUUUGCAGGCACAUAAAGAAGAAAGGUUUCUCUAUCCAAUUUAUCCAUUGAUAUGUGUUGCAGCAGCCUCUGUGAUUGACAGCUUUCCUGAUUUUUUCCAUGAUAAAUAUGCAUCUGAGCAGUCAAUUCUUUUUAAGGUAGCGAAGGGCCUACGGCCUUUGAUCUUAGGCUUUAUUUUGUGCACCUCCCACAGCCGUACAUUCUCUAUGUUGAAUGGAUAUGGCGCUCCUCUGCAGAUCUAUGAGCAUCUUGAAUACCAUGAAGAUACUGGACCGGGGUCAAUUCUGUGUGUUGGAAGUGAGUGGCACCGCUAUCCUUCAUCAUUCUUCGUACCCUCCUAUAUCAGUGAAGUCCGUUGGAUAGAUGAUGGUUUCCGAGGCCUUCUUCCAUUCCCCUUCAAUGAAACCCUGGGAGGCACCACAGCUGCUCCAUCUUAUUUCAACGACAAGAACAAGGCCUCCGACAAACAAUAUUUGAAAGACAUUGGAGCAUGCAACUUGCUGAUGGAGCUUGAUCUGAGGCGACCUUAUCCUUCUCGUGGGAAUGACUUGUCAACGUGGGAGACAUUGGCAGCGCUACCGUUUCUAGACAGAGAGCUAUCGCCGGCGCUAUACCGGUCGUUCUUCAUACCAUACCAAUGGCAGCACAAGAAUGUCUUCGGCCUGUACAAGUUGCUAAGGAGGCUGCCAACUGCUGACCAAGAGCAACUGAAAUCCGAUUAAUCAGGAGUGCACGUGGCUUUUUCUGUUGCUAGGUUGUCCGGGAUGGAACUGAUUAGCGAAUUUUGUUUCCUAGACUUUCUUCGUGAUAGAUGAGAAUGUGUUCUCCCAAUUAAAUGCUGGCUAUGUAAUGUGUAGGCUGUAGUGUUUUGACUGGUACUUUCUAGCAACGGGGUUGCCUAACUGAAUUCUUUCCCUGGUCCUCGUGACACUGAUGCUAUGAGAUUGUUUGCUACUACUACUACUACACCUUAAGCUAGCCACUGAUGGUUUAUGCA